AAGCUCCUUUCAUCUAUAUACCCUCACUCUCUCUCUAACAGUUUCUUUCUGCAAAAUUAGCAAAAAUAUGGGAGCACUUGAUUAUCUUUCUAACUUUUGCAGUGCCACAAGCACCAGAAGCACGAGCAGAAGCAGAAGAAAACCAAUGCAGACKGUCGAAAUUAAAGUCAAAAUGGACUGUGAUGGAUGUGAAAGAAGAGUCAAGAAUUCUGUUAAAUCCAUGAAAGGUGUGAAGAGUGUGGAGGUUAACCGAAAGCAGAGCAGGGUAACAGUUAGUGGAAAUGUGGAUCCAAACAAGGUGUUGAAGAAUGUCAAAAACACUGGAAAAAGAGCCGAAUUCUGGCCCUACAUACCCUACAAUUUGGUCAGUUAUCCGUACGUGACUCAAGCCUACGACAAGAGGGCUCCGGCUGGCCACGUUAAGAACGUCGUUCAGGCCUUAGCCGCCCCCAACACUGCCGAUGAACAGAUCACUCAUCUGUUUAGUGACGAUAACCCUAAUGCUUGUUCCAUUAUGUGACCAAAUUAAGUUCAAUUCCUUUUCGAUUUUUCGGUUUUGGUAAUAUGAGAUGUGUGUUCAAAAUAACAAGUAAUCAACUUUUUAAAUGUUGUAAUUGCUUUUCUAUUACGAUUAUUCAAAAUCAUCAGUCAAAUUAUUGGGAUUUGCCGA